AUGUAUUACUACGAUCGAAACAAUGCUGUUUUACCUUAUGAACAGUGGUCAGACAAAUGCGUACUGAAAGACACUUAUUUGGAUCUCAGCAGCAAAUAUCCAAUUGAUUCAGCUGCAUCUGUAAUUUAUAAUCAAGUGUUUGAGACUUCUAGGACUGAAAGCCCAUCAACUGAAACAGUUCGAUCCAAAUUGUUUUAUGAUAAUUUUUAUUUCGUUUCAACGAAUUGCAAAUCGUUCAACAACGUUACAUCAUGUCAAAUGUUGGCAAACUUAUGCGCUCUAUUACUUUUUGAUGAGACUACUUCUGCAUGCAAAAUGUACUUAUCAUUAUACAAUACAUUGGCAGAUGACGGAGUGAAUGGUUUCUCAGGAUGGAAAAGUGGAAUGCCUUGGCUUGUAUACACAGGAAAGGCUACAGACAUUUUAUACAACAAUGAUUUGUCACAAAUGGUCGGUCUUAGUGGCCGAACUGAUAGAACAACAAGACUUAAGCUCAUUCUUUCAAAAUAUUCUGUCUACGGAAAUUGGUUAGGAUUUGAAGAUUUAACGAACCAAUUACAAUUGUGCCCAACCGGAAAUUAUAUUGGUUCUGGUUUUUUAGAUUUUGGAAAUAAUUACAUCAAUUCUUGUUUCUUCAAUGCCCUGUCCAUCCCUACGCUUCAAAACACUAUAUUUUAUGAAUUAUUUAUUCUGGACAAUGGAAAAUUAUAUCCUGUUCCUGUUCAGAUUUUAAAAGACGACAAGAUAACAGCAAACGAUAUUUCAACAGCAACUCUGUACAGAAGAUUUUUCAUUUAUGACAACGUUGCAGGAGUUACAACUGAAUCCUCUUCUCCAACCGUUGUCAGAUUUUUGGAGAGCGCUGAACUAAGGGUGGAAAUGAAUACACAAGCUUCAGAAAAAAUUUAUCCUCCAAGACUCACCUUAAAAUAUACAGCAAGAAAAAUUGCUGGUAUGAAAACCUCGGUAUUUACAACUGCACAACAAGAGUCCAUACUGACACCCUCGAUAUAUUUUUCCGCUUCCUAUAUUCAAUCUCAAACAACAGUGUGGAUUGUGGUAAUAGUGUUCCUAGUGCUUAUCAUGAUAUUGAGUUUGAUUACGUCUUGUGUUUCUACAUAUAGAUAUUCAAGAAGAAGGUUGUCUCAGAUUGAUUUUCCCACCUUGGGAAAGUUUAUUGUUGCCUUUUGUGAACAUUCCUCCAACGGUGUUUUCGUUUUGAUAUUUUUCUAUAUUUCCCUAUAUUACUUAUUCUUUAAAUUACAAUCUAGCGUGUUUGCAUUAUUACCAAAUUUUAACGACUCAGACAAGUGGUACUUCUUCCUUAUAAUUGUAUACGCUCUUGUUGCAAAGGCCAUUGAUCUAUCCUACAUUUUCUACAAACAUUGCAAUUACGAUAUAUUUUUCAUGGAUUGGGAAAAGACGAAAGGAAAGGUUGUUGGAGUUGGAGGAAGGGCUGAAGGCACAUAUUCUAGUGUCAGUAUUUGGAGAAGCUAUUUCAUAGCUAAAGAAUGGGAGAAACUUCAAGGAAUGACUUGGACCAGUCUUGAGUUCACUCUUUUGACAGUACUAUUAAUUUUGGAUGGAGGUGGAGUUAUUAAUUUAGCGUCAUAUACAGCAGAUGAAAAUACGUUAACCGGAGUAUUUAGAUAUCAUCCAAUUCUUAAAAUUGCAUUGUUGGCAUGGUUUUAUUUGUCCAUCUCGUUUUUACAAUACUUAUUCUUCAGAUUCAUUAUUUACAGAUUUACCAGAAAUCCCAUUACAUCAUUAAUUGAUACAUGCUCAAUUGCCAAUAUCAGCAUUCUGAUUUUGGACGAAUUACAUUACGGAUGUUACAUUCAUGGUGAAAGCGUUUUCAGGUUUGCAGAUACCAAUAUGAAAGAAUUUUAUGAAGGUCUCAAUCAAGAGAGUAAUGACUUUUUUCCCAAGAGAGGUUUGAUUCAAUCAACAACAGAAAACAACUCUGUAGUUACUUUUGAUCUCUAUGUUUCCAAAAUGGUUCGAGAAAACUACGACAAGCUUUUGUUGAUGCCAAUCCAAGAGGAGGAAGCAAAGAAUGGGUUUUUCAGAAAGAUGGCCACAAACCAAGCACAACCCAAGAACAUCAAUCCAUCCAGGCCAGUGACUGCUUUGACUGUUCAACCUCACAGUUUGCAACAAAAUCCAACUGGCAAUAAUGCAGACAAUCAAACUGCUCAACACGCACUCGUUGAACAGCCCAUCCAACAAACCAUGAAGGAACGAACUCAGAUGAACAACCCUGCCCUUAAUUCUCCAAUGAGCAACGAGUUUAGAAUUAGUGACCUUUUCAAUUUUAACAUUGGACCCAGACAUAGAUACAUCCCAGCUGCUUUCAUAGAUGGUUAUAAUACCAUUAACGAAUAUCUCAAGAGAGUGAUUACAGACGUCAAAAUCAAGCAAGGUCAAAUUCUUGACAAGCAGAUUUCAUAUAGAGUAGGAUUUAUUCCUGACUUUAUUUAUUUGCACGAUCGAGAAUUUUUCUUUAAGGAUGACAGUCAACAAUACUUCCAAACUUAUUCAUUCUUUAGACUCAUGUUGAGAGGAUGUGAAUGGAAGAUGAUUGCAUUCAACAUUUUGCUGUAUGCCAUCAUGUCAAUCUUUUGGGAUUCAACUUUUGGAGCGUUAAUGAUUGUGUAUGCUGUCAAUCGUGUCUUUUUAUGGCUGAGAACAACAUUUGUAAGAAGAAACCUGAUUAGCAAGACACUCCUCGAUCGAAGGUUUUUGUUUUAA